AUUGCCCUAGUGACAUUGAAUUUACGCAUUGGAGAUUGUGCUUUAGCAAAGGUGUAUAAACGAUCGAUAUGCCUAUCUAUCUUUGAACUAUGUAAUCGUACAGGCCAUACGUGUUUAUAGAUGUUUCAAUGGUUGACAGCUGUCAAUAGCACAUAGGUUGGUAGUGAGUCACGACAUUGGCAGUGGAACUAGGUGAAGACUACUCACCUCGACAGACAAACUUAAUCAAGCACUCGCUUUUUGGCCUCCAAAUAUCGUGCUGGUCCAACAUAGGUAUCGCACAUCAUCACCUACUCUUUUGUUCAAAUGUCCAGGUAUUUUUUCGAUAUAACCGGCAUGGCAUCCAGCUCCGUCAGCCAGGAGGAUUUUGACAAUGACUUCGAGUUAACAUCCAGGAGGUCUAGGAUCAGAACUGCAAGGGCACGAGUCGUUCCACCCAGGGCAGGAGACUCAUCUUCCAUAAACUUUCAAAAGGGUGCACAGAAUGUAGAAGAAUCUCAAGGUGUGUGCGACACGAGUUCGAACAGUGUGCUUCCACCUGAACAUGAGAAUCAACAGAAUAAACCAAUAAUGAGGAAGCAGGACAAACGAGUAACUGGCCGUGUCUUUAGUGUCGUAUCCUGUUUGCACAGGCCAACGCACAUAAACAAGGGAAAGCAGCAACGCGAUCGACGGAAGCUUCGAGAGAAGAGGAGAAGUACCGGAGUAGUACAUUUGCCGUCAACGGAGAGUACAGGAGGUAGUACAGGAGAAGAUGAAGAAGAUCUUAGUGGCACUUGUCUUGAAACUAAACACAACACACACCACAAUGAGUUCCUAGAUCAUGAACUCAUAGAAGAACGGACAGCAAAAAUGUUUACUCAAAGGCGAAACAAAAGGCAUUACCGUACUUCCUACAGGUCAUGUAUAAAUAGGCACAGUUGCCACUCCGAUUUGGAAGCAGAUGACGAGGAAUUUGAUUCCUUGAAUCAGUCUGACAGUGUCAAUCAAUCAGAUCAUGGAAAUCACGAGCCACAAGCUUCCGUAAACACCGUCAAUCAACCAAGACUGUCUACGCCAACAGGAGAUAAUCCACACGAAUUGAUAGAACGAGCGCAAGAAGAAAAUAGAAGGUUGCUGUCCCUCCUGGAGGAUCGGGAUCACAAGAUAAUGGCCCUUGAAGCUCGGCUGCUUCAACAGCAGCACGAAAUGACCAUAGAAAGGGAACGGCUUCGUGAGGAGAAUGCCGCGUUAAUUCGUGCUAUGGCAGCCCUGGCGAGUAAUUAACUCUCCUAUUCGCGAAACAGUCCGAUCUAUCAAUUCUAUAGCCGAUUCUCAAGAACUUGCGGAUCACCAAUUAAGAAAGGCUAUAUAUAUAUGUAUAUGUGUAUAUGUAUAUAUGUAAUAUAUACACAUAUACAUAUACAUAUAUGCCGAUAGCUUGUAAGUAAUUGUGAAUUUACUUGUUAAUAAUAGCUGAGAAGAUUGCGAAGCGAUUUUAAAAAGAGAAACGAUUAUCUGUUACUGAUUUACGCUAUUAAAGAAUCAGGGUAAGUUACGCAGUAUAAACAUAAAAUCGCAGUAUAAACUAUAAUCAUUCUUGCAACAAGCAAUAGAUCGUCGAGUACGAACAAGUAAUUACAUUUAUCCGCUUCACUGGUAGUGCUUCAUUUACGGGAAUUUUUCUUUCGUAGCGGCAAGAGACAAGCUAUUAUUUUGCGCGUUCGCAUAGAAUCGAUAUCUAAUCUUGAACGAUAAGAUCGAGCAAAUAUGUUUUUUCGCGAUGUAACAACCCAACGGAAUAAAAGGUGCUCCGAUUUGUUAUGUCAUUGAUUUUAAAGCAGAGAAUGUGCAAAGUAAAUAUUGGAAAGUUUAUGUCUGAAAAUACCUAAGACUCUUAGAGUAUCGUUUUUGCGUAGUAUUUAUUAUAACUUGAAUUAUACGUUGUCUGUUUUAUACUCGAAUGGAUCUAUUGGUAACGUAAUUACUCCAUGUAAGACUUUUUACCUAUGAAAAAUGUUUGCUUCGUCGCGCAAUUAUAUUGGCGUAACGGUAGUACAAGGGCGUAAUACAAACCUCUAUAAAAUUAGGCGCGAUCUGUGCAGAACGUGUAAAUAAAACAGCACAAAGCUGACAAUUCCUUAUCGAUUACCUAUGCAUUUAAUUCGGAGAAACGAUAGGUUUUUCGCAUUUCCAGCCACCGAUAGAACGAAACAUAACGAACAGGGGUAUGAAAAAACGAAGAAGCAGCAAACAAGUUCAGUAUGACCCCUAAAAUUGCUAUUGCUAUUGCUAUUAUUAUUAGCUAUACCGUUACAACCUAAUAUUUACAUACCUACAGCGAAACGUAACUAUAUAAUAUUUAGAAAGCAGGAGACUGAGAAUGCGAGUACAUUGUGCAUGUGAGCGAACAGAAUCGAGAGAAAGUAAUAAGAUCGAAUUUGUAUUUACGCACUUCAUCGUGUGCACAAUCAUAUUUUUCUCUGUCAAGACGCCGACCGAAUAACAAGGAAAAAAACAACACGAAGAGAACGUGUUUGCUUAUUAAGUUUAUCGUGCACAUUUUUCAAUUUAUUUCUGUAGUCGAUUGGAAUAUUAUUUCAAUUCCUUCUUGAAAAUGCAUGUAGAGAAGAAUACUCGGUCUAAGAAGAUUUAACCGAUUCCAUCGCGAGAAUUUGGAAACUUUAUUAUAUUCGAAAUUCGAUAUUUUCUGUCUAAAUAAACAUUUUCUUAAUAA